AGGAACUCAUCGAGGUCAAACGGGGCCUGCUGCAGGACGAUGACCAGCCCAUGCUGGUCACUUACGCCGACCACUCCAAGCUCUCUGCCAUGAAGGGGGCCGUGGCGGAGAAGAAGAGCCCGGCGGAAGGCGUCGGGCCUGGGGGCGUGAAACGGCGGGCGGAGCAGGAGGCCGGGUUUCCCACCUCCGUGCCCGGGGCGGCGCCCUUGGCCCUUGCGUCUUCUGAGCCGCUCAAAGAGCCCCCCAAGAAAUCUCGCAAGCAGGCCUCGGACGUGGACCUGGAAAUCGAGAGCUUGCUGAGCCAACAAUCUACAAAGGAGCAGCAGAGCAAGAAGGUGAGCCAGGAGAUCUUGGAACUGCUCAACACGACCACGGCGAAGGAGCAGUCCAUUGUGGAGAAGUUUCGCUCGCGGGGCCGGGCCCAGGUGCAGGAGUUCUGUGACUAUGGCACAAAGGAGGAAUGCAUGAAGGCCAACGACGCUGACCGGCCGUGCCGUAAGCUACAUUUCCGCCGCAUCAUCAACAAGCACACAGAUGAGUCGCUGGGGGACUGCUCGUUCCUGAACACCUGCUUCCACAUGGACACCUGCAAAUACGUGCACUACGAGAUCGACGCCUGCGCCGACCUGGACGCCCUCGGUGGGCGGGAGCUCAACUCGGGCCAAGAGCUUGUCCUCCCCCAGGCAGUGGGGAGGGACCCCAGUGUGGACCGCCUCUUCCCCCCACAGUGGAUUUGCUGUGACAUUCGCUACCUGGACGUCAGCAUCUUGGGCAAGUUCGCUGUGGUCAUGGCCGACCCUCCGUGGGACAUCCACAUGGAGCUGCCGUACGGGACGCUCACCGAUGACGAGAUGAGGCGGCUGAAUAUCCCCGUGCUGCAGGACGAGGGCUUCCUCUUCCUGUGGGUGACUGGCCGGGCCAUGGAGUUGGGCCGAGAGUGUCUCAAUCUGUGGGGAUACGAGCGGGUGGAUGAGAUCAUUUGGGUGAAAACCAACCAGCUGCAGCGCAUCAUCCGGACGGGGCGCACCGGUCACUGGCUGAACCAUGGCAAGGAGCACUGCUUGGUUGGGGUGAAAGGGAAUCCCCAGGGCUUCAACCAAGGUCUUGACUGUGAUGUCAUCGUGGCAGAGGUUCGCUCCACCAGCCACAAGCCUGACGAGAUCUACGGCAUGAUCGAGCGCCUCUCCCCUGGGACCCGCAAGAUCGAGCUCUUUGGACGGCCCCAUAAUGUCCAGCCCAAUUGGAUCACCCUCGGCAACCAGCUGGACGGAAUCCACUUGCUGGACCCCGACGUGGUGGGCCAGUUCAAGCAACGGUACCCAGACGGAAUAAUCUCAAAGCCGAAGAACAUGUAGUUGGGAGGAAGAGUCGACCCCCACGGACCAAGGACUGUUUGUUUUGGGAGGGACUGUUUGCGAGUGUUCUGAUCUUUAGUUUUGUAAUAAAAUGGAGACUUUUCCCCUCA